AUGAAUCUGAAGAAAGAUGAAAGUGCUAAGAAACCAACUUCUGCAGUUCCUAAAAAGAAAGUAGAAUCAAGUGAUGAUUCGGAUAGUGAAUCAGAGGAAGAGGAAGUUGUUAAAAAACCAGCUAAGAGUGUAUCAAAAAAGGAAUCGAGUGAUAGCAGUUCUGAAGAUGACUCAGACAGUAGUUCGGAUGAUGAUGAUUUGGGCCCACCUAAGAAGAACGCUUUGGACGUUUCUGCUAAGAGGCCACGUGCGGCAGCUCAAACAAAGCAGACCCAGCAGGCAAAGAUGGAUGUUGAUGAAAGCGACAGUGAGGAGGAUGAUAGUUCAGAGGAGACUGAUGAAGAGCCACAAAAUAAAAAGGAUGCUGAUACAGAAAUGGUAGAUGCUUCUCCUGCCCCAAAAGCUCCAAUGUCAGAGAAAAAGCUCCAAAACCCCUGUCACACCUCAAAGUACGGGCUCAAAGACUAUUUUUAUUUCAUUUUGCAGAGAGAUUUCUUCCAAGCUGCUGGUGAAGUUCAGGAUGUACGCCUUGCUUUUGAUGCUGAUGAGAGGUUCAAGGGGUUUUGUCACGUUGAAUUUACCACAGCUGAAGCAGCACAAAAGGUUAUCUGUCAUUUGAUAGACCUAAUUACUUAUAAAAUCAGCCUGCUUGUGGCUUCGGAGGCUGUUGAAUACAAUGGAGAGUAUCUUAAUGAUCGUCAGAUGAGAAUCAGUUUGGCACAUGAAAGGGGAGCAUAUACUCCACAAAGCGGGUGA